AUGUGGUCAGAGUUGAGAGCCAAGCUUCUCUCACAUGAGAGAGACGGAGAGAAAGUGUGUGUGUGCGUGUAAGCGUGCGCGUUCGUGCGUGUGUGUGUGUGUGAGUGUGUAGAGCGGACUUCAUCUCACGCUGAGUCGCAGUUACACGAGAUUGACGGGAAAACCCUGGCACAGGGUCAGACUGCAGCUGGAAAAAUCCACAGAGAUUCAAAAGCAACCCGGACCUUCAUCAUCAGCCUCAUCGUCUUCCUCAUCCAGGCUGGAUCAUGGCUGCGUGCGUCGGGCUGCGUUACUCUUCUUAGCACACAGAGAGUGUUUGAGUGGAAAUCAGAAGAGAACAGAGGAGCAUCAUGAUCUCUCACUACCCCCUGGCAUCUCUGCUCCCGUGGCCACCACUGCCCCUCUGCCUGGAGCUGGACGCUGAGGGAGGAGUGGCACUGCAGAGAUACCAACCACGAUCACCUGACAGCAGCCCUCGACACUGGAGCUCGGUGCAGGACUGGGGUGAGGAGGUGGAGGAGGGGGCCGUUUACAGCGUCACACUCAAGAGGGUCCAAAUUCAACAGGCGGCCAACAAAGGGGCAAGAUGGCUGGGGGUGGAGGGCGAUCGGUUGCCCCCGGGUCACACGGUCAGUCAGUUAGAGACGUGUAAGAUCCGCAGUAUUCGUGCGGGGACGCUGGAGCGGCUUGUGGAGACCCUGCUCACUGCGUUCGGCGAUAACGAUCUCACCUACACCAGCAUCUUCCUGUCCACCUACAGAGCCUUCGCCAGCACACACAGCGUCCUGCAGCUACUGCUCGACAGGUACGGACACAUGGAGGACAGUGACAGAGAGAGCAGUCAGAGCCAAGCCGGGGAAAAUCGAGGCGCCGUGAGAACGGCGUUAGCAUCCAUCCUGAGGGCGUGGUUAGACCAGUGCCCCGAGGACUUUCAGGAGCCUCCAUCUUAUCCGAGUCUGCGCAGGGUUUUAGGGUUUCUGAAGAAGGCGAUGCCGGAUUCCGAGCCGACGCGGAGAGCGCAGAGCCUGCUGGAGCAGCUACAGAGUCAUUCCAAUGGGGAGAGCGAAACAGACGGUGGUUUCCACGGUAACAGCCCUUUCUGCCUGGGCGAGGAUGAGGAAGUGGAGAUUGAGGUUCAGGAGGACUUCCUGUCCUUCAGCGCCGACCUGGUGGCCGAGCAGCUCACUUACAUGGACGCGCUGCUCUUUAAGAAGGUGGUUCCUCAUCACUGUCUGGGUUCCGUUUGGUCUCAGAGAGAUAAGAAGGAGAACAAGCAGGCGGCCCCCACCGUGAGGGCCACCAUCACCCAGUUUAACGCUGUGGCAGGCUGCGUGGUGAGCACCGUCCUCCACCCGCGACACCUGCGACCACACCUACGAGCACGAAUCAUCCAGCGCUGGAUCGACAUCGCAAAGGAGUGUCGCAUUCGUAAGAAUUUCUCCUCCCUGAAAGCCAUCGUGUCGGCCCUGCAGUCCAACCCCAUCUACAGACUGAAGAGAGCGUGGGCCUGCGUACACAAAGACAGCAUGCAGAUGUUUGAGGAGCUCUCGGACAUUUUCUCCGAUCACAACAAUUACCUGACGAGCCGAGAGCUGCUCAUGAGGGAGGGCACGUCGAAGUUCGCCAAUCUGGAGAACUGCGCCAAGGAGCAUCAGAAGCGCUCGCAGAAGAGACUGCAGCUGCAGAAAGAGACGGGCGCCAUGCAGGGCACGAUUCCGUAUCUGGGAACGUUCUUGACCGAUCUGACCAUGCUGGACACGGCUCUGCCCGACCUGGUCGAGGGCGGACUGAUCAACUUCGAAAAGAGGAGGAGGGAGUUUGAGCUAAUCGCUCAGAUCAAGCUGCUGCAGUCUGCGUGUAACAGUUACUGCCUCAAUCCAGACCCCGCCUUCCUGCGCUGGUUCAAGAACCAACCCCAUCACACUGAGGAAGAGAGCUACGGUCUGUCCUGUGAGAUCGAAGGACUCGGAGACAGCAGUCCCACGUCGCCCAAGUCCCGCACCAGUAUGGUGAAAAGACUGAGUCUGCUUUUCUUGGGAACGGACUCGACGACGAGCACGGCCACGAGUUCCCCUGUGAGAGAAACGGCGAGGUCGCCCCCUGCUGGCAGCUCGGGGGAGAGCAUGGACUCGGUCAGCGUGUCCUCCAGCGACUCCAGUCCGUCAGACAGCGAAGGCAUGACGCCCACGCACACACUCCGCUCACACAUGACCAAGAUGUCCGAGUCGUCCUCCUGCACGUCCCUGCACUCCAUCGACACGUCCUCGUCCUCGGCUAGCGGUUCUGCGGCGCCGUGCGCUCACCGCCGCUGCGCGUCGUUAACGCCGUCUCCGACCUCGCCGGUAUCGCCUGCGUACAACACGCAGACCCAGGACGCCUGCAUCAUCCGAGUCAGCCUGGAGCACGGCAACGGGAAUCUCUACAAGAGCAUCAUGUUAACGAGCCAGGACAAAACCCCGGCCGUGAUCAGCAGAGCCAUGGCUAAACACAACCUGGACGAGGACCAGGCCGAGUCCUACGAGCUCGUCCAGGUCAUAUCGGACGACAGAGAGCUGGUGAUUCCUGACAACGGCAACGUGUUUUACGCCAUGAACACGUCGGCCAACUUCGACUUCGUCCUGCGCGCUCGCGGCUCCGAAGGACGACCGGUGCAGCUUCGCUCUCGCUGCAGCUCCACGUUGCCGCGCGCACAGCCACGCACCAGCCUGUCCCUCAGGCUCAGCAAGGUCACACUCUGACCUUUAACCCCAGCCAGUGUCUCUGUGUGCGUGUGCAUGUGAAGACGCUGCAUGAAGUAGAAGGUCCGGAGUUCAACGGUCCCGCCUGUUUUACGUGCAAUGCUCUAAAAAUUUCCAGUAUUUCGGACUUCUUCGUCCGUGUAUUCACGGCCGUGUCCUGAUCCAACACGAGCGCCCUAGUGGAGUUCUCAUAGCUUCGACUAAAGAUGGACGUCUGAAUGGAUUUAAAAAAAAAAAAAACACUUGUGUGCUUUAUCAGUAUUCUGCUCUCAUUGAGCGUCUCUCUCUCUCUCUCGCUCUCUCUGCCUAUCCUCAUGAUGAUGAUGAUGAUGAUGAUGGGACGCUCACGUCAGUGUUAGAAAAUUAACAGGACCUGUGAUGUCAUCGCCAUCGUCAUCGCUCGUGUACGUGUGUUUUUUUCACGCCCUCAUGUGCACUUACGCGUCCGCCAAGUUCCUCUCGGCGCCCCCUGCAGGCUCCGGCGUCCGGAGUCGCGUGACGAACGGAACACGUUCUGAUCGGUUCCCGAUCGUCCCCGAUAGUACCGAUAUGAAGGCUCAGACUCGGGAAUCACAGUCCGGGCUGAGCUCUGAUUGGUCGCACUUGUUCGUAGUUGGGUGCAAGUGAAGAAUUGUAUUUAAAAAAAAAAAAAAAAAAAAAAAAAAACAACAAGGAAAAAAAGAAAAGAACAAUCGAUCCAACCUUGUAUUAUUGUAUUUCAGUCUUCCACACUUUAGUGUUAAUAAACACUCACUAGGAAAAAUUUCUUUUUAUUUCUUUUUUGUUAUUGUUGUUGUAAGGAAUAGCUCUAACAUGAAUUAGAGAAGGAAUUGCUAAGUUUUUAAAUAAUUUCAAAAUAAAUAAUGACGAAACUGUGAAGAAUUGGCGGUAACAGCGUGUCCUAUUCGGUGUGACGUAUUCAGACCGCGUCACGUCCCAGAUCUCGUCCUUCGCACGUCCCUGGCUGGUUUAUGUUUUGUUUCGCUAGGUCACGUUUUCGUUCUGUCCCAGCUCCACACGUGAAAAAAAAAAAAAAAAAAAAAAAAAACCCACACAAAACGGAGGUAUAAAUCGGUAGACGUUGAUUCGGGCGUGUCCAACAUGUAUAAGAAUAAACCUUAAUUAACUCCGGGGCGUUGAUUCACAAACGAGUCCGCGCUAGUUACGAAGGGUUUCGGGAAACGUCCGUCACUUAAAGAACGUCCUUACGGACGUGAUCCCGGGGAGCGUCUCGGGGAAACCCGCUCGUGAGCGAUUUGUUUUUUUAUUAUUAUUUUUUCCGCGCCACAUACGCAAAGUUGACGCAAAAUGGCGGCCAGUAGCUAGUCCUGUCGCUCUGGCGCGAUCGUUUCUGCGACCCGCCCCCCAGCCUUGACCACGCUACAUUUUUUUU